AUGCAGCGACUUGCAGCUGGUGUACUCCUCCUCCUCCUGGCCGGCGCUGCGUCCGCCGAGCUCGCCUGCAACUUCAACGUCAGCAGCGACUUUGCCGCGGCGCACGGCUGCGAUGCGCAAUGCCUCGCCGUGCUGCGGCACGCCAACGCCUACGACCACGCCCAAGUCGGGACCGAUUUCGACUUUGCCUUUUACGCCACGGCCGGCAACUUCUCCGGCUCGCCGCCCGGCGCGCUGCUCAAGCUCGCGCCCGCGGACCCGGCGCCGCUCAGCGUGCGGCCCGGCACGACCGUGUUCCGCAUGCAGUACACGUCGCUGGACCUGGACGGGACGACGCGCGUGCCGGCGACGGGCUUCGUCGCCUUCCCGUACGCGCCGCUGCGGUGCACGUACCCCGUCGUCGCCUUUGCGCACGGCACCGUCGGCGUGUACCCCGGGUGCGCGCCGUCCAGCGGGCCCGCGCUGUUCGACUACGACACCUGGCAGCCGCUGCUCGCGCGCGGCUACGCCGUCGUCGCCACCGACUACGCCGGCCUCGGCAACAACGCGACCCUGCACAAGUACUGCAGCUUCCCCGCCCAGGCCCACGACGUCUACUACGCCAUGGUCGCCGCCCGCGCCGCCUUUGGCCACGUCCUGCGCCGGGAGUGGCUUGCCGUCGGCCACUCCCAGGGCGGGGGCGCCGUCUGGAAGCUGGCCGAGAGCGCCGCGCUGCUCGGCAGCGAAACGCGCCAUUACCUGGGUACCGUGGCCCUGGCGCCUGCCACGCGCAUCGUCGACAUGGCCGUGGCUGGGUUCCUCGACUCCUCGGCGGGGUCUGGCGGCGACGAUGCGGACACGGGCGGCGGCGGGUUCGCGAGCUACGCGCCGUCGCUCGCCAUAGGACUCCAGCGGUACCAGCCGUCGUACAACCUGACGCUGCUGGGGCCGACGAUGCGCCGGCGCAUGGCCAUUGCGGAGCGCGCGCAGACGUGCGCGACGGCGCUCGCCGGGCUGACGUUGGAUCUGUCGCUGGACGAGGUCGUCAGUCUGGACGGCGCGGUCGACGACCUGGCGCUGAUGCAGAAGUGGCAGAACGAGACGGCGCCGUCCGAGGGGCGGGCGUGGGCGCCGCUGCUAGUCGUGCAGGGCCUAAACGACACGAGUAUCCUGCCGGCGACGACGAGGGACGCGGUCGAGAGGGCGUGUCGCGGCGGGAACGCGGUGCAGCUCAGCUUGUACCCGGGCGUGGAGCACUCGCCGUUGGUGGCGGCGUCGGCGCCGGAGUGGCUCAGCUGGAUAGACGCGAGGUUCGCGGGGCAGCCGCUAGCUGGGAAUUGCUCGACGGUGACGAGAGCGCCAUUUGGCCAUGGUGCGUACAUGAAGUUGCCCCCGGAGGACGAUCUGAAGGAGGAAUACGGAUUAUAG